AUGGAGCAACUAGAGACGGGACCCAGCAGUGGGACUCGACCACAGAGGACCACGACCGACCCCCGUCACACUGGAGGCAACAGUAGCACUAACAAGUGCUACGUGUGUGAUCAGACAGGACACUAUGCUAGACACUAUCCUAACAAGAAACCAGCUGGAGGUGCACCAGCUAGGAAACCAGUGGGAGAUAGGCCCCGAGCACUAGGGCGUGUAUUUGCAUUGACGACUACAGAGGCGACUCAGUCAGGUAACCUGGUACAGGAUACUUGUUUGUUGUUUGGUAACCGUGUGGUAGUGCUUUAUGAUUCAGGAGCUACCCAUUCAUUCGUAUCUAAUGAAUGUGUGAGGAGGCUCGGGCUUGUGAUACGGGAGCUGGGGUGCGAAUUAAUAGUCGCCACACCAGCGUCAAACGAGGUGUCCACUAGUUUUGUGUGCGUGGGAUGCCCUAUGGAGGUGGUGGGUCGCAGAUUCAAGGUGAAUUUGAUUUGCUUGCCCAUGGAGGGUCUGGAUGUCAUUAUGGGUAUGGACUGGUUGUCGAGCAACCAUGUGGUGAUUGAUUGCGGACGACGCAUGGUGGUAUUCCCUGAGAUAGUAGGGUUGGAGCUCUUCUCUUCUAAUCAGGCUGUGAAGGAAAUUGAGGAUGGAGCCACAUGUUUCAUGAUUAUGGCUCAUGCAGAGAAGUUGAGUACUGCAGAGAGAAUCAGUAGAAUUCAUGUGAUGGAGAAGUAUGCAGACAUCUUCCCGGAUGAAAUUCCGGAGUUGCCACUGAGUCGGGAUGUGGAUUUCACCAUUGAUCUCAUCCCUGGAGCUGGUCCAGUAUCCAUGACACCCUAUCGGAUGGCACCAGCUGAGUUAUUUGAACUGAAGAAGUAG